AAUUCUAACAGGAAAUUGCAAUAUCUUUAUUUUUAAAAUCUGACUUCUCCUUUUCUUUGAUUUCAUCUUCCACAGUAUUUUUGUUUUCAGUAUCUGUGAAAGAUAUGAGGGUGAAAACUAAUCUAUGUGGUUAUUUGGUCAACUGAGUCACCCCACAGGAUUCAUUGGCAGCCCGCCGCAGGCACGGUUCUAGGUCCCCUGUUUAAUGAGCACUUACUACAUACCUAUUGUGUUAAGCAUUUGAGAUACAGAGAAACAGUAAAAUAUACUACCUGUCCUCCGCAGCAGCAACAAUAGGCGGGAAAUCAAAUUCCAAGGGAGUUGACAUGUGACCUGUCUUCGAGGUUCUCAGGGAAAACUUCCUUGGGAUAAUGUUAAAAUGUUAAUGACACCAAAACUGUAUAGAGUGAAUGCCAAGAGCGAAAUACGGCCCCUCCUGCCUUUGACAGUGGAAACAGUUUGAUUGAAAAUGUUUGCCACACAGAUCUUCACCCCCUGGAUUAGAACCCUCAGCCUGUGUUUGCUCAUUACACAAGCCCUCUGGGCCGGCUUCUGCCGAGGCAUUGAAAACGUGCCAACCUGGUGUCACAGGAAAAACAAGCUUGUGUGUUCAGCAACUGCAACCUGGUGAGCGGAGCCGCGAUCACCCACUCCGCGAGCGGGCAGCCAACGUCCCGCUGCUGCCGCAAUGGACAUGGAGAAGGUCAACUCCAUGGGCUUUGGAGAGUUCGUGGACGUGUUUGGGAAUGUCAUUGAGAGAUGCCCUCUGAUUGCAGCUGCUGUUUGGUCCCAGCGCCCGUUCUCUGACUUGGAAGACUUGGAGAAGCACUUCUCUGCCUUUAUUGAUGCGCUGCCACAGUCAGGCCAGGAGGGCAUCCUGCGCUGCCACCCGGACCUGGCGGGACGCGAGCUGCAGCGGGGCGCGCUCACGGCCGAGUCGCAGCGAGAGCAGAGCGCCGCGGGCCUGACGAGCCUGGGCGCGGAGGAGCGGCUCCGGCUGGCGGAGCUCAACGCCCAGUACCGAGCGCGCUUCGGCUUCCCCUUCGUGCUCGCCGCGCGCCUCAGCGACCGGGAGGCGGUGCUCCGCGAGCUGGCGCGCCGGCUGCACCGCCCGCCCGCGCUGGAGCUGCGCACCGCCCUGGGCGAGGUGAAGAAGAUCGGCCGCCUGCGGCUCGCCGACCUCGUCGGCGCCGACCCCUCGCGGCUGUAGCGCCCGGCAAGGGACGCGCGGGGACCGCGACCCUGCAGGGUGCGCCCCCCCCCCCCCCAGGAGGCUGACGCGGGCUCGAACCCGAGUCUACACGCGCGCACGAAGGAGAGGAGAAUGGAGGCGAUCACACGAAUAAUGAGCCCUUUUGUUCACCCCACCGCCACACUCGCACGCUUUGCCAAAAUGUCUAUGUAGUAUCGUGCCUUGUCCCAUUCAUCUACCUUUGCAGCCCGUUGACACCACCAGCUUUUGUGGUUUCCAAAGCGCUAUCCAGCUUUGGCUACCCACCCUCUCCUGCUAAGCGGAGUUG